AUUUGGAGUUUUCUUUAACCAAAAAGAACCAUAUUCUAUGACAUGGCUUUGUCUUUAAUUCUUCUGGUUUCUUGAUUUAUCCUGUAUCCUGUUUGCUCAGUAGAGAUCUUUGUCUCAUCCUGUGUCCACAAUAAUUAUAAAAAUGAAGACUUAUUAAGAAAAAAAGUCUGAGUCUCGCUUAAAGCCUAGUGUUGAGUGUGGGAGAGACUAAAGUCACUAAACAGAACAUAAAAAAAUAUCUACAUGAUGGCUUCAUUGGCUUCUGUUGAGGACAAGAUGAAAACAAAUGGUUUGGUUAAUGGAGGAACAACAACAACAUGUCAAUCUACUCUGCUUGAAGAGAUGAAGUUGUUGAAGGAUCAGUCAGGAACGAGAAAGCCGGUAAUAAACUCGGAGCUAUGGCACGCUUGUGCAGGCCCUCUGGUUUGUCUCCCUCAAGUUGGCAGCUUAGUUUAUUACUUCUCACAAGGUCAUAGUGAACAGGUUUCUGUUUCAACGAGAAGGUCAGCAACAACCCAAGUUCCUAACUACCCAAAUCUACCAUCUCAGUUGAUGUGCCAAGUUCACAAUGUUACCCUUCAUGCAGACAAAGACAGUGAUGAAAUUUAUGCUCAGAUGAGUCUACAGCCUGUUCACUCUGAGAGAGAUGUGUUCCCUGUACCAGACUUUGGACUACUAAACAGAAGCAAGCACCCAGCUGAGUUUUUCUGUAAAACGCUUACUGCUAGUGAUACAAGUACACAUGGAGGUUUCUCUGUCCCACGUAGAGCUGCAGAGAAGCUAUUCCCACCGUUGGACUACACAGCACAGCCACCAACACAGGAGCUUGUAGUUCGAGAUCUUCAUGAGAAUACUUGGACAUUUCGCCAUAUCUAUAGAGCUGACAGUAUGCACAUCGGUAUUCUAGCUGCUGCUGCUCACGCAACUGCAAACCGCACUCCUUUCUUGAUUUUCUAUAAUCCAAGAGCGUGUCCAGCAGAGUUUGUGAUCCCUCUAGCUAAGUACCGCAAAGCUAUAUGUGGGACUCAGCUCUCAGUUGGUAUGAGGUUUGGAAUGAUGUUUGAAACUGAGGAUUCAGGGAAACGUAGAUACAUGGGAACCAUUGUUGGUAUCAGCGAUUUGGAUCCAUUGAGAUGGUCUGGUUCUAAGUGGCGUAACCUUCAAGUUGAAUGGGAUGAGCCUGGAUGUAAUGAUAAACCUACUAGGGUCAGUCCAUGGGAUAUUGAAACACCUGAGAGUCUCUUCAUUUUUCCUUCUAUGGCCUCAGGACUCAAACGUCAGCUCCAUCCAUCUUACUUUGCUGGUGAAACUGAGUGGGGUAGCUUGAUCAAACGUCCUCUAAUCCGUGUUUCUGAUUCCACAAAUGGGAUUCUGCCUUAUGCAUCAUUCCCAAACAUGGCUUCAGAGCAGCUUCUGAGAAUGAUGAUGAGACCUCACAACAACAACAACCAGAAUGCAACUUCUUUUAUGUCUGAGAUGCAGCAGAAUGUUUUAAUGGGGCAUGGAGGUUUUCUCGAAGAUAUGAAUAUGCAGCCACCAAUGGUAUCUGAGACGGUGCAACCAGAAAGCAAGCUAACUUUGAAACCAUCUGCUUCCAAUACAAGUGGCCAAGAACAGAAUCUGUCACAUGUUCCUGCAAAACCUGAGAGCAGCUCCGAGAGAGUCAACCAUGGAAAUGAGCAGAAGUCAGUGGAACAGGCUAGCCAGGGGAGAACAGUCACAGAGUGUAAUGAGGAUGCUUUGUCUCCUUUACAAGCUAAUCAUUGUCCUGACACAAGUCAACAGAUAUACCCACCACAGUCUGAUCCAAUAAACGGAGUCUCAUUCCUGGAAACAGAAGAGCUGACAUCACAAGUCUCGUCCUUCCAGUCUCUAGCCGGAUCAUACAAGCAACCAUCACUUCAGGAUACUUCAGCUGUUGUGUUGCCUGAUUCAACAAACUCAUCGCUGUUUCACGAUAUGUGGGACAAUCAGCUGAACGGUCUCAAAUUUGACCAGUUCAGUCCCUUGAUGCAGCAGGACCUUUAUGGUUGUGAGGAUAUGUGUGUGAGUAACAGCACAACCAGCAACAUUCUAGAUCCACCUCCACUCUCAAACACAGUUCUUGAUGACUUCUGUGCCAUCAAAGAGACCGAUUUUCACAACCACCCUUCUGAUUGUUUGGUCGGAAACAGCAACAGUAGCUUUGCACAAGAUGUUCAGUCGCAGAUCACAUCAGACUCAAAGGCCUUUUCUCGCCAAGAUAACUCUGGAGGAACCGGUACAUCUUCAAGCAAUGUUGACUUUGAUGAUAGUAGUCUGCUGCAGAAUAGUAAAGGCUUUUGUCAGAAACUUGCAACCCCUCGUGUGCGAACCUACACUAAGGUUCAAAAAACCGGGUCAGUUGGUAGGUCAAUUGAUGUCACAAGCUUCAGAGACUACAAGGAGUUGAAAUCUGCAAUAGAGUGUAUGUUUGGACUUGAAGGAUUACUCACUCGUCCUCAAAGCUCAGGGUGGAAGCUUGUUUAUGUUGAUUAUGAGAGUGAUGUUCUGCUUGUAGGAGAUGAUCCAUGGGAAGAGUUUGUGGGAUGUGUAAGGUGCAUAAGGAUAUUGUCGCCAACAGAGGUUGAGCAGAUGAGUGAAGAAGGAAUGAAGCUGUUGAACAACGCAUGCAUAAAUGAUCUCAAGACUUCUGUUUCAUAA